AUGAUCUUAGACACAGUCCAACGACUGGAAGCAUCUAUUGAAGAUCUCAAGAGGAUGGUGGCUACAGGCCCAGUGACGAAUGCGGCGUGUAGUGCGCAAAUCAACACCACAUCGCCAGUAUCAACGGUUACUACAGCGUCUCAUGAUGCACGCCAUCAUCCCGGUGGAUGCACCAUUCGAGACCCUACUGAAAGUGCCGUGCUGUCUUCGGGACAUCUUUCUUCAGCGGAGUCUCUAUUGAAAUGGUCGGUAUUCCUUGACCACCCUUCCAUACUAAACGAGACGGAGUCCUCGUUUCUAUCACUUGAAUACAGUAGAUCCCCCUUGCGAAGCAAUCUCUACGCAAUAUUCCCGAGUCUGGGGUUGUCCGAAAUCAAAAGCAUGGUCGACAUUUUUCAACAGACUUACAAUUUUUGGUUCCCCACUAUGAGCCUGAAUGACCUCAAAGCUGUUGAAAUGAGGAUAUAUCAGGAGAAUUUGGAGCCAAGUUGCCAGUCAUGUCUUGCGUUAUUGGUCAUGGCGCUGAGUUGCGUUGGGGCUUCUGUGGUGGAUGAGAACAUGCCCGAAACCGACGCCCAACAACUUAAGUUGCAGGGAGCAUCAUGGUUCACUGCCUCUAUGAAAAUGUCACAUUUGGCUCACAUUGAAAUGAGUGUCGAAGCCUGUCAAUGUCUCUUGCUGACUGGACUUUACUUUUCCUUUUUACAAAGACCAUUACAAACCUGGUCUUAUGUGAAUAGCUCAGCGACCCGGUGUCGGUUUCUUCUCUCCUGUCCAUUCGACAAUCCGGAGCGAGAUGACCGUGAACAUAUUACCAGAAUAUUCUGGUCUUGCUUUGUCCUAGAGAGCAAUUACAUCUCAGAGUUGCCAUCGCUCCCACAAAACUGCAACGCGGAGAUUGAAUCAAUAAUAUCUCUUCCCGGCAAAUUUCAUUCCCACGAAUCCAUAGAAGAGGAAGAAAGAUCAACUUGCUACCUUCUAGCAUCGAUAGCACUUCGUCGACUUCUGAAUCGAGCUCACUACAUGCUCUACGAUCGUGACAUCGGUCUUCAAAUCAACUCCAAUCACUUCCCAUCGGUCAACCAAGAGCUCGCACGCCAAUUACAAGACUGGUACCAAACUCUUCCUCCUAGCCUUCAGUUCCCCAAUGACGAGAAACCCGCCGAUGACCCGCAUAGCGAAUACUUGCGACAAUGGUAUCUCAGCUGCCGUAGCGUGAUCUACCGACCGUAUCUGGAAUGGGCACUAGCUAAUCCAUCCUGGAAUCUCAACACUAACCAACGCGUGCUCGACGGCUGUCGCGUUGCCCUCGAUACAUGUCUGUUCAAGUUAAGGUACCUAAAGCAGGUGCCGUAUACUGUCAUGGUUGAUACUUGGCCAUGUUCUCUUUCACUUGCAACAGCGAUGUUGACGCUGAUGGGCGGCUUUUGCCAUCCACAAUUAACUAUGCAGUUGCGUCAUAUCGCAUUGUUGGAGUUGGGACCUCAUUUGAAGUUGCGUUUGGAGCGAUGGAAGACAAUACACGCUUCUUGCAUCUCGCCCGGCGUGGAGAAAGCAUUGAGGUUGAUCAUGAACGCUCAUGACUUUUUUGAAAGCAAGAGUACCGACUUCGACCCCUCCUUGGAGGAGCACAAUCUGUCUCCAUACGCCCUUCGGAUGUUCCAUGGAUAG